CGAGGCGUGGAGAUGGGGGUGCGCGAAUGUCCUGCCCUGCUGCUUCUGCUGUCCCUGCUACUGCCUCCUCUGGGCCUCCCAGCCCUGGGCGCCCCUCCACGCCUCAUCUGUGACAGCCGAGUCCUGGAGAGGUACAUCCUGGAGGCCAGGGAGGCCGAAAAUGUCACGAUGGGCUGUGCCGAAGGCUGCAGCUUUGGUGAGAAUGUCACCGUUCCAGACACCAAGGUUAACUUCUACUCCUGGAAGAGGAUGGAGGUGGAGCAGCAGGCUGUGGAAGUCUGGCAGGGCUUGGCCCUGCUCUCAGAAGCCAUUCUGCAGGGCCAGGCCCUGUUGGCCAACUCCUCCCAGCCAUCUGAGACCCUGCGGCUGCAUGUGGACAAAGCCGUCAGCAGCCUGCGCAGCCUCACCUCCCUGCUUCGGGCGCUGGGAGCCCAGAAGGAAGCCAUCUCCCCUCCAGAUGCAGCCUCUGCUGCUCCACUCCGAACAUUCGCUGUUGAUACUUUGUGCAAACUCUUCCGAAUCUACUCCAAUUUCCUGCGGGGAAAGCUGAAGCUGUACACAGGGGAGGCCUGCAGGAGAGGGGACAGGUGACCAGGUGCUUGCACCCUGGGCACGUCCACCACCUCGCUCACCACCACUGCCUGUGCCACGCCUUCCACGCCACCACUCCUGACCCCUGUUGAGGGGCUAUCAGCUCAGCGCCAGCCUAUCCCUUGGACACUCCAGGGCCAGCGGUGACAUCGCAGGGGCCAGAGGAACUGUCCAGAGCUCAACCCAGAUCCAAGGAUGUCACAGGGCCAGCCUGAGGCCCCGAAGCAGGAGGAAUUCAGAGUUGAUCAGCUUAAACACGGGGAUAGGCGCCGUGCUGGGGAGACCCCUAACUCAUCUCGGUGCCCUGCGGAACUGUGAUGCCAGGACAAGCUGGAGGGCAAAUAUCUCUUUCUGCCCCUACCAAGGAGGGGCAGGAUGGACUGGAGAAUUUGGGCGGCAAGCCAUGAAUUCUCCAGGUCUCAUGGGGACUCCCAUGACAGCAAGAGCCCACUGGACAAUGAGGGUGGUGGGAGCCGUGAAGGUGGGAUGGGGGCUGGCCCUUGGCUCUCACGGGGUCCUAGUUUUUGUAUUUUUCAAUCUCAUUGGCAAGAACUGAAACCACAACAUGGCUGUUGGCGGUUCUGUU